CCCUUUCCUUCCGCGCUCUCGUACUCCUCCUCUUCGUUCUGAAUCGCGUGGCGAGGAGGCCUCGCUGCCCGACUGACCGUCCUCGGCGCCUCUUAUACCUUUACUCCGGUCUGCGCGUUCUUCAGGGAACGUACGUGCUCGUUUCACGUUCCACUCGAGAGAGCGCGAUACAUAUAGCCCCCUUUUAUAGAGUACGUAUACACAAACGGCCAAUUGUCAGUGGUGCAUCGCGAUACCUCGAAGGUAGCUGAGCCGAGCUAAGGGCUCGUUCACCAAUAGCCGUCGACAGUUUUCGAGACCGUUCACCGUUCAUACGAUCGUUUACCUCGACAUACAGCCGACAAGUUCGGGACAAGACAGUGAUAUGGCACAACUGAUCAGCGUCAAGCUGUCCAGGUUCGACGGAUCCCCCUGGGGUUUCCGUUUGCAAGGCGGCAAGGAUUUUGGCACACCGCUCAUCGUCCAAAAGGUUAACAGUGGUUCUCCGGCGGAAGCUGCCGGUCUUAAAGCUGGCGAUGCGGUUAUUAGAGUCAACACCACUGACAUGUACAAUUUGAGGCACAAGGACGCGCAGGAUGUCAUAGUCAAGGCCGGAAAUAAUUUCGAAAUAACUGUCCAAAGAGGAGGCAGUACCUGGAAACCGCAUGUGACUCCUGCAACCACAAGUUUACCGUCUCCGAUGCACACCGCAUCCACGGGUAACAUCACGCCAGUCACAAAGACUUCUUUGGCAGCGAAAAAACAAGACGGACCUCUCAUCGGCAGCGGACACAAUUUCAGCCCCAAGCCAUUCCUGAACGGCACCGGCGACGGUCCAAUUAAGUCCAUCGUGAACAAACAGUACAACAGCCCCGUGGGGAUCUACAGUGAGGAAACAAUCGCGGAGACAUUGUCCGCUCAAGCGGAGGUCCUUGCCGGAGGUGUCCUUGGGGUAAAUUUCAAAAAGAAUGAGAGGAAUUACAAUGCUGAGAACAGCGAGGUUUUCAAAAUGGUCCAAGAAGCGGACAAGGAGCCAAAGACCCCGGAACCUGCGGAGCCAAAUGUCGUGAGCGGCGUGAUAACGCCAUCCUCGCCCGCCCUGACAGGACUGAGACCCGUCCAGGCACCGGAAACCAAGCCACAGACACCGUCAACGCCGCAAACGAGUCUACCACCAGGACAGAACAUUUGUGCCGAGUGCGAAAGGCUCAUCGUGACAGAAUUUUACUCCUCGGUGAGCCACGCGGUUGGCGGAAGGGCCACUUCACCGAGGUCACCUACGCCUCUGUUUCAUGCUAUGGGCGGUGGUGGUAGCGCACCUGCCGAUAGCAGGCACUUUGUAUGGAUGGACGAAUCGUACGGGAAGAAUCGGGAACCACAACCGCAAAAGCAGGAAUCUUCUGCUGGGUCGGGCUCGUCGACACCGGGCGGGGUCGUUUGUUGCAACUGCGACCGAGUGAUCGUAGGUGUCUUCGUCAGGAUCAAGGAUAAGAACCUCCACGUGGAAUGCUUCAAGUGUUCAACUUGUGGCACGUCCCUGAAGAAUGUCGGUUACUACAAUAUCAACAAUAAAUUAUACUGCGAUAUUCACGCGAAACUCGUCGCUAGGCAAAAUGCUCCGGCUGGUCUUGUACCUCUUACUAUACCACCAGGUGGCAAAGCACCAGCUAGUACCAUUAGCGCGGCAUUGGCGAGUGCACCUUUAUCGCCACCCCUCAGCAAUCACGGAUCGUCGCCUCAGCCAUUCUCCGCGUGCAAUCGUACCAGUCCCGAGUCCGGAUUUCAGCAUACGUGGCGAUCAACUUCGAAUACGAAUGGAUGCAUCAAGAAUGAUGAAUGCAACGGCGAGUCGAAAACGUUCACGAGUACGAUCACCAUCCAAACAGGUGGCACAGAGCCCACCACCCGUUUUGGCACCCCGCCCGUCGAUUCACCGAGCUUACGAUCAGUCCAGGCACCAACGAGCAACAAUCUCGUUGGUCCUAAGCCCUUCGGUGGAUCGAGUGGAAGUUUCUCAUCGAAUUUGUCUCCGACUCCGACAUUAAAUUCCGGAAGCAAUACCUUGCCACGUCCUCAAAGCCAGACUGUGACAGAAACCUCCAACAGCGAGACUUACGAAAGAUCCUAUUAUCACGAGGUCGUAGAAAACACGAAAGAUCAGUCCUUCCGUCCCGGCUCCGUAAGAUCCCGUCGGAGCCUCCUUUGGCCACCUCCGAAGUCUAUCGAAGACAUAACAUAUCCCACUGCCAGUCCUCUAUAUAUCAAUCCGAAUCCUGUUCUCGAUAAAACGUGCUAUCAAAUCAAAGAGAAACGCGCUAGUAUUGAGGCUUGCGAACGAGCUUUGAGUCGUAGAACUGAGAGACAUCGAAGCGAAAGCAUCGAUCGUGAGGUCGAAAAGGUAUUGAGAGAAAACGGUCGUCGGCACGAAACUGACGUGAUGGACCGGCUGAGUUGUUCUGGACAACCAGUAUAUCGGCGUAUCGAGCUGUGGGAUACCAAUAGUAGAACCUCUCGAUCUGAUGUGACAACCUCAAGGCCAAGUUCAACUGAUAGCGUCCGAAGGUCGCUGACGCCCACCAGAAUCGUUCAACCGACUCCGAAACCGUGGACUGCGACUGUCAGCAGCGGAGGUACCAAUCUCUAUCAGCAGAGUUAUGCAAUAUCGGCAGAGCAGGAACAACCUGCAGGACAAAUUUACAAGAAAUUCAUGCAACGGGAAGUUUGUCGAGAACGUAUAUCGGGUGGCAAGGAACAUCGGGAGGAACAACGAGCUUAUAGAACAGAGAUCUGCCGAAGGGAGCAAAUCUGCCCGAAACCGCCCUUACCCGCACCUAAGCAAGAGCCAGCAGAGACGGUUAAAGAAAUAGACACUGAGGUAACCAAUCUAAGAGGUGACGAGACGGAUGAAGGAGAAGUCUCAAAGGGAAUUCAAGGCGAACAUGAUUUCAUCACCGAGACGGCUGAAGAGACGGUGGACGGUAUGCACACGAAGCAAUCGGCAACUUUUGAAAAGACUGUGGAGAGAGUGUCAUCACCGAUGGAGAGAUCUAAUGUUCCGAUGAUAGAGGAAGCGGAAGACAAGAUGGAGUCUCAGUGUUUCGCGAGAAGAACUGAAAAAUACAUUGAUCGAAAGGUGGAAGACACAACGGAACGAACUGUGGAGGAGUCCGCCGAGAUGGUUACGUCGGCCAUCGACACUCAACAGAUGUUGGAAAAAGCAAAGCAAGAGGAAGAGAAAAGAAAGAAAGAAGAGGAAGAGGAAGAGCGAAGAAAGGAAGAAGAAGAAAGAAGAAAGCGUGAGGAAGAGGAACAAAGACGUCAAGAAGAAGAAGAAAAGAGAAAACGAGAAGAGGAGGAAAAGAACAAAAAGCAUGUGACUUUCAAUGAAGAGGAUGAAGAGAUCGAAGAAGUGCGAGAGCAGCCGCUGGGUAGAACUGUCGUACGAGAAGAACGCAUCACAGAAUCAGACGGGUCUACUCCGGGACGUUGCAAAAUCACAAAAGAGACAUACGAAGAGAUUACCGAAGAAGUGUUGGUUCAGGAACGCGUCAAAAAAAGAGGAGCCGUAGAAGACGAACGUAGAAAGAGCUUGCGUGAGCAAGUAGAGGUUCAUCAGAGUCUUCGAGAUCAACAGGCGCCGGAGAGACGAAAUGUUGUCGCGAGAUAUGGGCAGCAACCUCAAGAGACUAUGGAGUCGUGUAAGAAAAAGGUGCAGUUUUUGAAAGAGACGGAGACAGGGCCGAAACCUCUGUCUGACACGCCUGUAAAAAAUUCUACACCCAAGGAGUGGAAAUCUGAAAUGGUAAACGCCCUGACAACCGUAUCUGAUCGUCCUUAUACGCCGCUGAAUGCCACUUCCAGCGUAAAAGAACUAUAUACCGAAGAAACCAUUUACCUAGACCAUAGGUGUCGCCCUAAACCGCCGCCCAAAGAGGAGAUCCGCCCAAUCUCACCUUUCCAGCAAGCAUUAACGAUAGCGCCUGAACGAUCCUACACUCCUCUGAGCCGUGAAAUUGGACCAGAAGAUCAACAAAUUGUCACUAGAUCGCAAACUCCAAGUCUUCAGUUACAAAAUACCGAAUACUGCCCACCAUUAGGUAUUCUAUACGGUAAAGAGGAUACAACAAGAGAAUCUUACGCACGAGAACAGAUAUAUAUGAAAAAGAAAGUCAAGGAAUCGAGGCCGCGACCUUUACCUACUCCGCCACCUGAUCAUCGUCUGAGAGACUCUUCAGCGUCACCUGCUGCGAGACCUCAUCCAGAAACUCCCAAAUCAUCUAAAUCUUUUACAGCUGAUUUGAAAAAGCCAGACGCCAUACCAGCCUAUCAGAAGAAUUUGGUGGCGAUGAAGAAAGGACCUGUAGAAGGUCAGCCAUUCAUUCCUAGUAGAACACCUACUCCGACGCCUCGCAGAUCCAAGUCACCUGCUCAAGGACCGCCCGAACCACCAGCUUGUUACGUAAAAACUCGAGCCCCAAGAAUUCGAGAAGACCCACCACCACCGAAACGCGGUGGAGCAGUGCAUUUUCCUUCGCGUAAGACCAUCUCUUACCAUGUAGAGGAAGAUACUGAUAGUGGUCACAGGAAGCAGGAAUAUUCUGCUUCGAGAACCGUCAACUACGAUGAGAAGGAGACCAACAGUCUCAACGCAGGUCCGACGGAGGCACUUUAUGCCCAGUUUCAGGAAACACGGUGUAUGACGAGUGAAGAAACUAGCGAGCAGAAAAAUACUGCAACUCACGUAAAGAAAGCACUUCAAGUAGUUGAAGAUUACGAGAAAUGUCAGCAAAAAGAGAUAUUACCGGCGGCAUCACCACCGCAAAAGCCGAAACCAAGCAUCUGUGCCAUUAGUAAGGUAAGCCAUACGAAGCCCACUUUAUCAUGUCCCAUGACAACAACAUCUGCGCCAGUUAGACCGACCUACAGUAGUUCCACCGAAGUACGUCACGUGCGAUAUGAGACUCCUUCACCAAAACCUUGUCCAGAAACAGGAGUGACCGUUUUACCUUGCAAAGCGCAUUCUGAUCAGGGAAUCAAAGCCGGUGUCGUCGUAGUGCCCUGCAAUGGUUCUCAGACCUGUUCUAGAUCCGGAAUCUGCGUGACAGCCACGAAAGAUCGAUCAGGCGUAUGCGUGUCGCCUUCGUUCGGUAUGCGAUCCGGUACCUGUGGUCAACCGUCAGGUACUUGCGGUCGCGAAUCUAGUUGCGAUUUUAAUAUCUCCAACUGUCCGAAUUCUGAUAUCUGCGUAACUCCGUGUGCCGAUGGUUCUGUUUGCGUGGCACCUUGCAAAAAACUUGGUCCGAAUCAAUCCAAGGCAAAUCUUCCCUUCCCUCAAAUCCCGCUUCCCUAUGAAGAAAUUACCCCACCAGCUCCUCAAUGUUCAGCUCCUAGCUUCAAACCUCGCACUAACCUGAGUGGUCAGCUUGCCCGAUUGACCGCCAAAAACGGCCAAUCAAACGUGCCCAUGGUACAGCUUUACAAACCGAUCCAGACCGAACCGAUUCAGACUCAGACUCCUCAGGCCCAGAGUUACACCGAAAACACUUAUUACCACACUCAGAGCUACCGCGAAACCCACUGCGAAUCCGGCAAUCAUUGCCAGAACACUCAGAACCGCUGCCAAGACCAGAUCCAUUGUGAUCCCCUUAGUGAAACCCAGAAUUUAGUAGACCCACCAAAUUUGUCGUCCCACCCGGAUCUAGGUACUGGAAUCGGUGGCCUCGGCAGCGCGGGUUCCAAGAGCGGAUCGUUCGCUGGUAGCAGUGCGCCCAAACGUGGACGGGGUAUCCUGAAUCAGGCUGUCGGAGCGGGAUCGCGUAUACCCCUGUGCGCUCACUGCAACUCAUAUGUCAGAGGGCCUUUCAUCACCGCUUUGGGCCAAAUCUGGUGCCCCGAUCAUUUUGUUUGCGUUAACGCCCAAUGCCGUCGUCCUCUUCAAGAUAUCGGCUUCGUCGAGGAAAAAGGACAACUGUAUUGCGAGUAUUGUUUCGAGAAAUUUAUUGCUCCUACGUGUAACAAGUGUAACAACAAAAUCAAGGGCGAUUGCUUGAACGCGAUUGGAAAGCACUUCCACCCUGAGUGCUUCAACUGCGCUUAUUGUGGCAAACUCUUCGGUAAUAAUCCGUUCUUCUUGGAGGAAGGAUUACCUUAUUGCGAAGCUGACUGGAACGAGCUGUUUACCACGAAAUGCUUUGCGUGUGGAUUCCCAGUCGAGGUUGGCGACCGUUGGGUGGAAGCCCUGAACAACAACUAUCACAGCCAGUGCUUCAACUGUACGAUGUGUAAGAAGAAUCUCGAGGGCCAAAGCUUCUACGCGAAAGGCGGUCGUCCUUUUUGUAAAAAUCAUGCACGUUAAAAUCAUCCUCGACCAUCGGAUACGAUCGAUGGGAUGACAAGAGGGGAAAAAUAGAGAAGAGCAAAGAAAUGAAGGAAAAGUGCAACGAAGAAAGAAGCAUACAAAGUUAAUGCAUCAAUUACUUUAUCGUGAUUAUUUUUUUUCUGUAUCUUCGAUCAAGAUCACUUUAACUAACCCUUUGUUAAAUCCACGAGCGAUCUUUCGUAUAGCUA